UACAAUAAUGUGCAGAUAAAAGUUAUCACUCAAAAAAUACAUUUACACCCACCACAGCAAAGACCCCCAACAAUGCUCAAACAAACAACCCACAUCCUCAGAAAACCCCCAACCAUCACCACAUAUCCAAUCCACCAUCUACGGAACCUACAAACAACAACCCCUCGAACAAUGUCCCUCCUGCCACACCACCCCCGACCCGUCCCCUCCCUCCUGCGUGCCUUCACCGAUUUAGACAACUACCUCACUAGUACAUCCACCGCUGCAGACUCCCUGUUCCCCAACUCCCCGCGCUUUGACCUCCGCGAAACCAAAGACGCAUACAUCCUAGAUGGCGACCUGCCCGGCGUCAAGAAAGAAGACGUCACUAUUGAAUUCAGUGAUCCCAGCACGAUGAAUGUCAGGGGUCGCAGUGUGCGCAGCACCGAGGGGGAGGAUGGGAACUGGUGGUUCUCGGAACGUGCGAUGGGGGAGUUUCGUCGCUCGUUUAGUUUCCCGGCCAAGGUGGAUCGGGAGCAUGUGGAUGCGAAGUUGACGGAUGGGGUGUUGUCGAUUCAGGUGCCGAAGGUGGAGGAGGAGCCGGAGGAGGAGAGGAAGAUUGUUGAGAUCAAGUAGUAGCUACAUUCUUUGAAAGGGGGUAGGUAAUAUUGGGGUAGUUGCGUUGGUACAUUUGUUGUGUAUAAUACAGGUUUGAUUGAUUGUGCUUCUUCCAAGUUGCGAGGGAGGGAUGAUAUUGUUUGUAUGUAUUAGCUGUUCUUUGGAAGGCUGGUUGAUAUGUAAUACGUAUUGGGAAAGAACGUGGUGAUCAACUGUGGCUACAUUGCUAUUGUAUAUAGUGUGUAAUAUCUCUAUCGAACAUAUGUAACUGGAAAUGAUUUGGAGAAGCUGCAGCGGCCUAAACCAUCGUGAGGGGUGGAGCGUGAGUGAGACACAACAAGAAAAAUGACAUCAUUAGCAGAUCCCACUAACACGCCAAGCAUGCCGGUGGAGAAUGGCUCGGGGCACACAGAAAGGAAUUGAAAAAAAAAGCAAAAAGAGAUGGUCC